UCUGUUCUAUCCUUUCCUCCGCCUCUCGUUACCCAGCUCCUAUCCUACACUCCUCUCCCGCGCACCCACCACCUGUUCGACCCCAGCACACGCACUCCACAUUCCAAUUCGCCGCGAUGGCAACUACGGCCGCGACCAUGGCGCCACCGUCCACCUCCACCUCCUCCGUCCUCUUCCUCCGCCGCCUCCCCUCCCCGGCCACCCGCGGCCUCAGCGGGCCACUCCCGCCCCGCGCCCCGCGCCUCCGCACCGCGCGCCUGCAGGUCUCCCUCACCAGCGACGUCUCCUCCUCCUCCGACGUGGCCGCCGAGGAGGCGGAGCACGCGCCCAAGAUCGGCCGGCGCGUGCGCGUCACGGCGCCGCUCCGCGUCUACCACGUCGUCAAGGCGCCCGACCUCGACAUCCAGGGCCUGGAGGGCGUCAUCAAGCAGUACGUGGGCGUCUGGAAGGGCAAGCGCAUCACCGCCAACUUCCCCUUCAAGGUCGAGUUCCAGGUCGCCGUCGACGCCCAGCCCAAGCCCGUCAAGCUCUUCGUCCACCUGCGGGAGGACGAGUUCGAGUACAUCGAUUGACAACACCUCUCUUUCUGUCUUUCAUCACCUGUACAUGCAUGGCCGUACCAAGUAAGCGGAGCGCCUUCCUUAUGUACUACAAUAACGAUGGCCGCAGUGUAGCCAGCCGUGUGUAUAUUGUUGUUCCGGUGUUGGCGGUGAGAGACUGGACAGGAUUAAAAGGCUGAAGUGAAGAGGGUAGGGAUUAGGAACUCAUGGGAAGCAAGUUGAUUGCUUGCUUGGUGUGCCCUUGUUCCUGCCCCCACUUCGACAUCUGUUUUUUUUCAGGUGUGGGGAAUUGUUCGGAUGAUGAUCCAUAGCUAUAACAUAAUAGCGAUAAUUUUGCUGUUC